AUAAAGCGCGACACCAUAAACACAAAAACAGACGCCAUUUUUUUGGGAAAAAACAUGGAGAAAACGGAGCCGUGGCAAAACAAGGAGACGAAGACGCUGAUCGGGAUCUGGUCAGAAGAUGGGGUACAGCGGGAGCUGGAAGGUACUGUAAGAAAUCAGAAAGUGUUUCAGAAAAUCUCCCAGCGCAUGUGGGAACUGGGUUACAACCGCAGCCCUGAUCGAUGUCGAGUGAAAAUAAAAAAGCUUAAACAAGAUUACAGAAGGCUGAAAGAGUACAAUAAAAGGAAUGGGAUGAACCCCAAAACAAAUCAGUGGUACGAGGCGUUGGAUGCUGUUUUAGGACACAGGAGUGUUACUGAGACCUCAACAAGCUCACUGCUGGAGUCUGUGAUGAAGUGUAACAGUGUGGAGGACAGAGCUGACACUGAUGAUGAGGAUGGCUUGUCAGUUUGUAUUGAUAAUGCAGAUGAUAGGAACAGACCCAGGAUCAGUUCUCCAGAACUUCCAGUAACGUUACCCCUGUCUCCAGGACUGUCCUCUCUUGGGUCCAGUAACAUUACAGCCGAGGAGCCCCGAGUUAACCUGCCCCGUAUCAGAGGAAAACGGAAACGAGGACACUCAAACCACAUUGACUCUAUGAGGGAGAUCUUCCUCAUGUCUGAGGAUCGUGAAGACAGAAGGCAACGAGUUCAGCAGGAAUUUGAAGAAAGACGACUUCAAGUUCUGCAGGAGUUGGAACAUUCAGCUGGGAUUCGAGAGGCAGAGUUGAUCAACACCCUGGCACAGUUUAACCAAGGACUGCUUAGUGUCAUGGGGCAGCUAGUGUCAGUCAUGGCCAACAACCACAGCCCUCAACCGCCACCUUAAAACUUUGAAUUGUUAUAAUUGACAGGACAAUUAUUGAAUGCAGUUACUUGUUUAUAAUUAAAUAAUAAUUAUAAUGUUCUUUUCAGUA